AAAAAAUCGAAAUUAGCUCUAAUGCAAGCUACCUAUUUAACCUCUCGUCUCUUUAAAUAGAAAAAGAGAUAAAAAGGUUAGUGUUCCAUAAAAGUUGCUUCUCCUAACAUUGCUGAUCUAUGGAUUCAGUAGUGAAGAGAAGCUGUUUUCCUGGAGAUUUUGUAUUUGGCACAGCAUCUUCUGCUUACCAGACUGAAGGUGGUGCUUUUGAGGAUGGGAAAGGACCAAGUAUUUGGGAUACCUUCACUCACACACACCCAGAGAAAAUUAAAGAUGGCCACGAUGGAGAUGUAGCUGCUGAUUCAUACCAUCGUUACAAGAAAGAUGUGGCGAUUAUGAAACAAAUGGGUUUUAAUGCUUACAGAUUCUCAAUCGCUUGGUCGAGAAUUUUGCCAAAGGGAAAGCUUAGUGGGGGUGUGAACGAGAAAGGAAUCGAGUACUAUAACAAUGUGAUCAAUGAAGUUAUUGAAAAUGGUAUCCAACCCUUUGUCACACUUUUCCAUUGGGAUCUUCCCCAAUCUUUACAAGAUGAAUAUCACGGCUUCAUGAGUUAUCAAAUUAUAAAUGAUUUUCAAGAUUAUGCGGAGCUCUGCUUCAAGGAAUUCGGAGAUAGAGUGAAGCAUUGGAUAACCCUAAAUGAAUCAUACGUAUUCAUCAAUAGGAGUACUGUGAAAGACGAAUAUGCACCAUGCAAUCAUUGUUCCCAAUAUUCAUUUGAUUCACUUAGAGGAGACUCUGGGACUGAACCAUACAUUAUUGCGCAUAACCAACUUCUUGCUCAUACAACUAGCAUCGAGAUCUACAAGAAAAAAUAUCAAGUUUUAUUUCUAUCUGGAACAAAAUAUAUAUAUAUAUAUAGUCUUUGGUCCAUAAAAUUUGAAUUUGAUGUUUAUUUAAACAAAUAAACAAUUUAUAUUACUAUGCCAAAGCAAACAAAGUACAAUCAACAAUUUAAGCACCACCAUACAUAAUCUCAAGUGGAUGUAGAGACCAUAUAAAGUUAUUUUUCAAGUCUCACAUCUAAAUAGUCCAUUUUAAAAUCUUAGAGACUAAAUUGACAUCAAACUUAAAUUUUAACACUCGAGAGUUUUUUUUCCCUUCCAAUAAGAAUUAUUUCUGGCUUGUUUUUGGACAAUUUUUUUUCAAUAACUUUUCAUCUUUUCUAAAAAAAAAAUUAAAAUUUGAAACCAAUUUUCGAAAAUUAAAAAAAAAAAAAGUUUCUAUUUUUUUUUUCCAGAAUUCAAAACUUAGCAUUAAGUUUGAAAACUUCCCUAAAAUGUAAAAUAAAAAGUCAAAAGAACUUAUAAUGUUUUAUAAACUUAUAGAUUUUCAAAAAUAAAAAAUAAAAAAUGAAGGUCUCGUAAUUUAAAAACCAUUUAAUUUUUAGUUUUUAAAAAUUAAGAGUAAAUAUACUUAAUUUUUAAAAAUUAAAAUAAAAAAUAAAAUUAUUAUCAAACGAGUC